GUUCAAUGUCGCAGUGAAAUUCACUCACGAGGCGACUGUCUCUGGUCUUGGUGUGCUCCUUUGACUGUCGGUGUUUUGCCGUCUUGCCCAAGCUUGGAUAUGAUGUUGACAAAUCUACAGGAAGGUUCCGAGGAGGAGCGCCGCGUGGUGGUGUAAGCACUCAGCCUGCUGAAGCGCGGGAGUGCAGAGAGGCGAACCCACGAGGUGGAGACAGGAGGGCCAGGGUCCUCCUGGGGGAACAAAGCGAGCGGCGUCCAGGCGGGGUCGAGAGGGCAGGAGACGCAGCGGAUAUUGGCAGGGCUCUGGAUAGCGGCGCGUGCUGGUGUGCGAGCCCCCGAGUGCGUACCUGCACCUGGCCGUGGACCACUUCGCACUCGUGCUGGUGGCGUGUGCGCCGGUGCUCGACAUGGCGCCGAGAUUGCACGUGACCCGUGUGCGCUCCCCACGCUUGCACGUGAUGGAGGGGACCCACGUGGGUCGCGAUCUCUUCUCCGAGCUCUGCUUCACGAACCCCGUGGCACGUGCCCUGCACCGCGUGCGCGUCCGCGUGGAGGGAGCCGGCGUGCACACGCCGAGCAACAUACUCGUCGGCAACGUGGAGGGGCACGGCUGCACGCGCGUGCCCGUGGUUCCCAAGCGCCGCGGGGAGCUCACGCUGAUCGCGAGCCUCGACUGCACGGAGCUGCCGCAGGUGCACGGGGGAGCCACCUUCCAGUGCGAGCCCUGAGACUUCAGCAUCACCACCAUCAUCAAUAUCAGAUCUUCAUCGCAUGACACAGGAGCAGGCUUCUGGGACCUCACCGGUGCUCAUGAUGGUGCUGAAGAGCUGGGUAAGGAGGGCAGCACCCUGCCUGCCAAGGAUCUUCCAGGCCUCAGCAGGGAUAUCGUCCGGGCCAGUCGCUUUCCCAUUCUUCAUUCUAUUGAUAGCUUGUUCCACUUCGAUGAUGGUGAUAGGCAAAACGGGACCGAGGACGUGUUCAGCGCUAAUAAUUGGUGGGUGGGGAAAUUCCUGGUUGCAGAUUCCAGAGAAGUAGUCGCUCCAGCGUUGAAGGAUGGCGGGCGGGUCUCUGAGAGCGCUGUAAUUCUCAUCCUUUAUGCAUUUAACCUGACCAAUAUCCUGAGUCGAACGAUGGCGCGCCUCUGCCAGUCGAUAGAUCUUAUUGGCACCUUCUGGGGUGUCCAGUUCGACAUACAGUUGGUCGUAUUGAG